AUGUCUGGCCGUGGCAAAGGUGGUAAGGGGCUAGGAAAAGGCGGUGCUAAGCGCCAUCGCAAGGUCCUCCGUGACAAUAUCCAGGGAAUCACCAAGCCCGCCAUCCGUCGCCUGGCACGCCGUGGUGGAGUCAAGCGCAUCUCCGGCCUGAUCUAUGAGGAGACCCGCGGGGUGCUGAAGGUGUUCUUGGAGAACGUGAUCCGGGACGCUGUCACCUACACCGAGCACGCCAAGCGCAAAACUGUUACAGCCAUGGAUGUGGUCUACGCGCUUAAGCGUCAAGGACGCACCCUCUACGGCUUUGGAGCCAUGGCUCGUACCAAGCAGACCGCUCGCAAGUCCACCGGUGGCAAGGCUCCCCGCAAGCAGCUGGCCACCAAGGCCGCUCGCAAGAGCGCUCCGGCCACCGGCGGCGUGAAGAAGCCUCACCGCUACCGGCCCGGCACCGUGGCCCUGCGCGAGAUCCGGCGCUACCAGAAGUCAACGGAGCUGCUGAUCCGCAAACUGCCGUUCCAGCGGCUGGUGCGCGAGAUCGCGCAGGACUUCAAAACCGACCUGCGCUUCCAGAGUUCGGCUGUGAUGGCGCUGCAGGAGGCGAGCGAAGCCUACCUGGUGGGUCUCUUUGAGGACACCAACUUCAGUAUAGCUUACACUAUGUCUGGUCGUGGUAAGGGUGGCAAAGGCCUUGGGAAAGGCGGUGCUAAACGCCACCGCAAAGUUCUUCGCGACAAUAUUCAGGGUAUCACAAAACCCGCAAUUAGGCGUCUGGCCCGCCGUGGCGGAGUCAAGCGCAUCUCCGGACUGAUCUACGAGGAGACUCGCGGGGUGCUGAAAGUGUUCCUGGAGAACGUGAUCCGCGACGCUGUCACCUACACCGAACACGCCAAGCGCAAGACCGUCACCGCCAUGGACGUGGUUUACGCGCUGAAGCGCCAGGGCCGCACCCUCUAUGGCUUCGGCGGCUAA